AUGUGGGUACUGCUCGCAGCCCUCACCGCUGUUUCGGCCUUGCACGCGCCGCGCUCCGUCGUCCUGGGACUCAACAAGUACAGCCACAACGCCUGCGUCGCGGUCGCCGACGCGCACACCGGCGAGCUCCUCUUCGCCCAGGAGAAGGAGCGCCUCACGCGCGUCAAGAACGACGGCGGCGCCGUCGGCGACCUCGUGCGCCACGCGCUGGCGGCCUGCGACGUCGGGAUCGACGACGUCGUCGCCGUCGUCGCCAACGACCACCACCGGUCCGUCGCGUCCGAGGAGCGCGCGUUCGCUCGCGCCGCGGCGCUCGGGCUCUCGCAGUCCGCGGCCGGCGUCGACGUGGGCGACGCCGUGGACCCCUACAACGCCUUCGACGCUACGAUCACAUCGGAGAUGUCGCACCACCUCGCGCACGCGCUCGGCGCGGCCGCGACCGGCGACCGGAUCGGGCCCGGCGUCGUCGUCGUCAUGGACGGCAUGGGCGAGGAGCGGCGCCGCUUCGACGAGGCGGACUUCCACAGCGACGCCGACCUCCCGGGCUUCGGCGACUGCGUCCACGUCCUCAACGACGCCCGCGUGGACUUUGGGGCCGUCCCGCCGGACGCGCGCGAAUGCGAGACGGCCUACGCCGAAAGCGCGGACGGCGCGCUGUCGCCGCUGGUCAAGCGCUGGUGUUUGGGCGUGCCCGGCGCCUUCUUCGGCUUCGGCGACUGGUUCGCGGCGCCCAUGGACUCGCUCGGCGCCGCCUACUCGCACGUGUCGCACGUCGUCUUCGGCGACUGGAACGCGUGCGGGAAAGUCAUGGGCCUCGCGCCCUGGGGCGACCCGGCGACGACGGGCGACGCGACCUGGGGCGGCCGGACGCGCGACUCCUGGGCGCCGUACGCGCGAAACGCCGCCGCGGCCCUGGACGGCGGCGGCCGGCCGCGGCUCUACGCCGGCGCCGUCGACGCGGGCGUCUCCAUCGACCGGUCCGCGAUCGCGGACCUCCUCGCGCGGGCCGCGGCGGCCCUGCCGGACGCGGCCUUCGUCGGCGACGCCGCGGCGUUCCGGGCGGCCUUCCCGCCCGCGAGCCCGACGAACCUCUGGAAGUUCCCGUCGGAGCCGGUCGCCGCGCGCGCGUGCUGCGCGGCGCUCGCCUACUUUGCGCAAAAGGACCUCGAGGCCGUCGCCCUCGCCUUCGCGGCCCACGCCGCGGCCCGGGUGCCGGACGCGACGCGCGUCGUGCUCUGCGGCGGCGUGGGCCUCAACAGCGUGCUCAACGGCCUCGCGGAGGAGGAAGCGGCCGUCAGAGUGCACGUGCCGUCCGCGCCGGGCGACGAGGGCUGCGCGCUGGGCUGCGCGGCGCGGGCGCUGGCCGUCGCCGGUGCAACAAAGCAUCUAAACACGGCGCUCCUGCCGUACGGCGGCGCGGCGCCGAGCGACGAUGAGAUCGACGACGCCCUCGACGACUUCGGCGAGUGGCUCGAGGCCGUCGACGGCGUGGCCGACGGCGACGACGGCGCGCUCGUCGCCCGCUGCGCCGCCGCGCUCGCGGCAAACGACGGCGCCGCGGGCGUCGUCUUCUGGUUCGAGGGCCGCGGCGAGUUCGGGCCCCGCGCGCUCGGCCACCGGUCGAUCGUCGCGCCGGCGACGCGCUACGACGUCGUCGACGGCAUCAACGACGUCGUCAAGGGCCGCGAGGACUUCCGCCCCCUCGCGCCGGCGGUCCUGGAGGAGGAGGCGAGCAAAUGGUUCGCGGGGAAGGGCGGCGACGCGCCGACGCCCUACAUGAGCCGCGUCUGGACGCUCGCGCGCGACAGGGCCGAACUCGUGCCCGCGUGCGCCCACGUCGACGACACGGCGCGGCCCCAGACCGUGGCGUCGACGGAGCCGCGCCUCGCGCGCUACCGCGCGCUCAUCGCCGCCGUCUUUGCGCUCACGGGCGUGCCGUUCGUUUUGAACACGUCGUUCAACACGAAGCCGGCCGAACCCGUCGCGGAGAGCCCCCGCGGCGCCGUGUCGAGCUUCCUCGCGGCGAACGCGCGCGCCGCGGCGUCGCCGACGCGGCGCCUCGACCUCCUCCUCGCGACGCCCGGGAAGCUGCGGCGCGCGCGGCGCUGCCCCGUCGACGAGGCCGCGGGGUCGUUCCCGGGCGCGGCCGCGUCGUUCCCCGCGCGCAAGCACGCGCGCUACGCGCUGACGACGACCGUCGAGCGCGGCGACGACGGCGAGCCCCGGGAAACAUCGACGCUCCGCGUCCUCGACCUCGACGAGCCCCUCGAGGACGCGGCGCGGACGAGGCGCGGCGACGUCGAACUCCUCGACGCGCUCGACGCGGCCAUCUACGAGCGCUGCGACGGCGAGCUGUCGGCGGCCGAGCUCGCCGCGGACCUCGUCGCGGACCUCGACGAGGACGAGAGCGACCCCGUCUCCGAGGCGGACGUGUACCUCCGCCUCGCGCGCCUCUGGCGGCUCACGCUCGUCAAGAGCCUGCACGACAUCAAGCACGCGUUCCGAGCGUUUCCGCCCGGGAGGAUGCGGGAGAACUACGACGUCGUGUCGGCGAGCGACCACGAGUGGUGCACGCUCACGCGCUCUAACUGGGCGUGCGUCGGCGACGCGUACGCGGCGGUGCUCAAGCGCACGCAGCCUUAUCGACCGUGGCGCUUCCAGCUCGCCAAUCUGCCACAAAGCGCGCGCAUCUUCGCGGACGGGAACUCGUACCUCGCGGAGCGGAUGACGACGCUGCUCUGCGGCUGUCAUUCCACCGACGUCUUCAAGCUCGACGGCAACAAUAUGAAUUCAUACCUCGCGCAAAGCGCGAAGAACAACGCGACCCUUCUGCUGUUCGCGGCCGCCGCGUCCGAGGCCUUCGUCGGAAACCUGUCUCCAAUCAAGCUCGGCCGCUACCGCGCCGCGUUCCCGCGCGCGGCCCUCAUCGACUUCCCGGAGAACGCCGUCGGCGUGAAGGGCUGCUCGGCCGAGGAGGGGCUGUGCACGGGCUCAGCCGCGCGGCUGCGGCGCGUCUGGGCCGGUUCCAUCCUCGUCGCGGCGGUCUGCGCGGCCCAGGUCGCGCUGCACGCGCGCGUGGCGCCGCCGGCGCCGGCGCCGCAGCCGCAGCCGAAGCCGCCGCGCGGCGCCGCGCGCCAGGCCGCGCGGGUCUGGGGCCCCGUGAAACCGCUGCUCCCCGCGAACGAGUCCGCGGCGGCGUUCGCGCACCUCUACGGCGGCCACGCGCUCGCCGGCUUCCGGCCCGCGCGGCUCCGGCGCGGCGGCGUGCCCAGCGACUUUGUGGAGCGGCCGGGCCCCGACGCUUUGGCCGCGGUCGCGUCGCGGCUUCCGCCGCUCGGGGCGGACUCGCCGGUCGCGCGGGCCCUCGACGUCGGGCGGGCGGCGCGGCGCGGCUGCGGCGUCGUGAUGACGGUCAUGAACCCGCCGCCGCGGGACCUCGUGCAGUGGGAGACGGCGCGCAAGUUCCUCGUCGACGCGUCGGCGACGACGCGCGCGCUGAAGCGGCUCGGCCGCGUCGCGUGCCCCGGCGGCGGCGGCGCCGCGGCCUUCGCCUUGUACACGCACCCGGACCUCGAGUUCGAGCGCCUGCUCACGCCGUCCCAGGGCAAGGUCUUCGACGUCGCCGAGCGCGUCGCGGUCCGCGCGGACGACGUCGACGCGGCCGCCGUCCGGGCGGGCUUCGACGCGGACCUCGGCGGGACAUUAAGCGGCCUCUACCAGAUCCUGGCCCCGCGCCGGCGUCCCUUCGAUUUUGUGGCGCGCCGCGAGACGUUCUCGUCGCAGGCCUGGGCGUCGACGCCCUUCGACCACACGCUCUUCCUCGACGCGGACGUCAAGGCGUGCUCGUCCGGCGCGCUCGCGGCGGUCCUCGCGCGCGUCGCGCGCGGCGCCGCGACCGUGGCGCUCCGGGGCGCGCUGCGGCCCUUCGACCGCGCGGGCUCCAACGGCCGCGCGGGCUACCGGCUCCUGCCCGCGUUCCGCGCGCCGGGCGCCGCGGCGCUGCUCGCGGACGGCGACGCGAACGCGUCGAGCUCCGACGCGGCCCUCGAGGCGCGGUGCGGCGACGCGACAGGGUCGCCCUGGGCGCCCCGCUUCGAGUGCCGGCCGGAGCCGAACACGGGCGUCGUCGCCGCGCGCGCGGGGCCGGCGCUCGACGCGCUGUUGACGGACGCGUACGACGCGCACCGCAGGAAGAUCCUCGCGGCCGCGGCCGCGCCGAGCCUCGUCUCCUCCGGCGGCGGCACGCAGUACGCGUUCCGCGAGGCCCUGUGGGCCCACCCGACGCUCGCCGUCGACGUCCUCGGAAAGGAGAUCUGCCGCGCGUGGAACUGCGACAAGCUCCGCUGCGGCGGCGGCUCGCCGUGCCUCGUCGUCCACGACCGCAAGGCGCUCCAGGGCGGCCGCUGCGCGACGUUCGGCUGGGACCCGGGACAGGGACGCCGGUCGCGGGGGGCGUUCUAG